AUGGCUUCAGAGAACGGCUUAAACGAAGAUUCGAACAUAGUAGAAGAGGUUUCCGAGACCAAAAGAAGCAGAGAAGAAGACAAAGAAGGCAAAGAAACGAAGAAAACAGAGAAGAACAAAGAAGAAGAUCAUGAGAAAACCAAAACGGUUCCGUUUUACAAGCUCUUUGCUUUCGCAGAUUCAUUUGAUAUCCUCUUGAUGAUCCUCGGGACGAUUGGAUCUAUUGGAAAUGGUCUCGGUUUCCCUAUUAUGACCAUACUGUUCGGAGAUCUAGUUGAUGCUUUCGGACAGAACGUGUUUAACCCAAAUGUUACCGACAAAGUCUCCAAAGUUGCUCUGAAGUUUGUAUGGCUUGGAAUCGGUACCUUCGCGGCUGCCUUCCUCCAAUUGUCUGGUUGGAUGAUUUCUGGAGAGAGACAAGCAGCAAGAAUAAGGAAUAUGUAUCUAAGAACCAUCUUAAGACAAGAUAUCGCAUUUUUCGACGUCGAUACAAAUACCGGUGAGGUCGUUGGAAGAAUGUCCGGUGACACUGUGCUUAUUCAAGACGCCAUGGGAGAGAAGGUGGGGAAAGCUAUACAACUUGUAUCAACAUUUAUAGGAGGCUUUGUGAUAGCUUUCAUAAGAGGAUGGCUUCUGACUUUAGUCAUGUUGUGUUCAAUUCCUCUUCUUGUAAUGGCCGGUGCGGCUCUCGCUAUCGUCAUUGCUAAAACAGCUUCUCGUGGACAAUCCGCUUAUGCCAAAGCAGCCAUUGUCGUUGAGCAAACCAUCGGUUCCAUAAGAACGGUUGCGUCAUUCACUGGAGAGAAACAAGCGAUAAGCAAUUACAACAAACAUCUAGUCUCUGCUUAUAAAGCAGGAGUCAUUGAAGGUGGCUCAACAGGAUUGGGACUUGGAACGCUCUUUUGUGUAAUCUUUUGUAGCUACGCUUUAGCGAUUUGGUAUGGAGGAAGGCUGAUAUUGGAUAAAGGAUACACUGGAGGACAAGUUCUCAACAUCAUCAUCUCUGUCUUAACUGGAUCCAUGUCGUUAGGUCAAGCGUCUCCAUGCUUAACCGCGUUUGCAGCUGGACAAGCAGCGGCUUACAAGAUGUUUGAGACAAUAGAGAGAAGGCCUGACAUUGAUUCUUAUAGCACAAAUGGUAAAGUGUUGGAUGACAUAAAAGGAGAUAUUGAGCUCAAAGAUGUCCACUUUGCUUACCCGGCGAGACCAGACGAGCAGAUCUUCCGAGGCUUCUCGCUCUUUAUCUCCUCCGGCACAACCGCGGCUCUAGUCGGACAGAGCGGGAGCGGGAAGUCAACGGUUGUGUCUCUGAUCGAGAGGUUUUACGAUCCACAAGCCGGUCAAGUCCUCAUAGAUGGGAUUAACCUAAAAGAGUUUCAGCUGAAAUGGAUCAGAAGCAAGAUUGGACUUGUGAGUCAAGAACCUGUUCUCUUCACUUCAAGCAUCAAAGACAACAUCGCCUACGGUAAAGAAGGCGCGACCAUCGAAGAGAUCAAAGCCGCUGCAGAGCUCGCAAACGCGUCCAAGUUUGUUGACAAGCUUCCUCAGGGUUUAGACACGAUGGUUGGAGAACACGGCACUCAGCUCUCAGGCGGACAGAAGCAGAGAAUCGCAGUGGCUAGAGCCAUCUUGAAAGAUCCGAGAAUCUUGCUUCUAGACGAAGCUACAAGCGCGCUUGAUGCAGAGUCUGAGAGAGUGGUUCAAGAAGCGCUUGACAGAAUCAUGGUUAACCGGACUACAAUCGUGGUUGCUCACCGGUUAAGCACUGUGAGAAACGCUGAUAUGAUCGCUGUGAUCCACCAAGGGAAGAUCGUAGAGAAAGGCUCUCACACAGAGCUGCUAAAGGACCCUGAAGGAGCUUAUUCUCAGCUCAUACGUCUACAAGAAGAGAAGAGAUCGGAAGAGAAUGUAACGGACGAGCAAAAGAUGUCGUCUCUCGAAUCAUUCAAACAGUCUAGUCUGAGGAAAUCGUCUCUAGGCCGGUCUCUAAGCAAAGGAGGAGGAUCCUCAAGAGGAAACAGCAGCCGACACUCUUUCAACAUGUUUGGUUUCCCAGCAGGGAUCGACGGAAACGACGUCGCAGAAGACCAAGAAGACGUUACUACUCAAACGAAAACAGAGAAGAAGAAAGUCUCUGUUCGCAGAAUCGCUGCUCUAAACAAACCGGAGAUUCCGUUUCUCAUACUCGGAGCAAUCUCAGCAGCAGCAAACGGAGUGAUCCUUCCUAUUUUCGGAAUACUAAUCUCAAGCGUGAUCAAAGCGUUUUACAAACCGCCAAAACAGCUCAAAGAGGACACGAGCUUCUGGGCCAUCAUAUUCAUGGCUCUCGGCUUCGCAUCCAUCAUCGCUUACCCGGCGCAGACUUUCUUCUUCGCCAUAGCUGGGUGCAAGCUCGUGCAGAGGAUAAGAAGCAUGUGCUUCGAGAAAGUGGUACACAUGGAAGUCGGAUGGUUCGAUGAGUCAGAGCAUUCGAGUGGAGUGUUGGGAGCGAGACUAUCAUCAGACGCAGCGGCGAUACGUGGCUUAGUUGGAGAUGCUUUGGCUCAGAUGGUUCAGAAUCUCUCCUCUAUAUUGGCUGGUUUGAUCAUUGCCUUCUUGGCUUGUUGGCAGUUGGCUUUCGUCGUCCUCGCGAUGCUUCCGCUUAUUGCACUCAAUGGGUUUCUUUACAUGAAGUUCAUGACUGGUUUCAGCGCUGAUGCGAUGAAAAUGUAUGGGGAAGCGAGCCAGGUGGCGAAUGAUGCGGUGGGGAGCAUAAGGACAGUGGCGUCGUUCUGUGCGGAAGACAAAGUGAUGGAAAUGUACACGAAGAAGUGUGAAGGUCCGAUGAAGACAGGGAUACGUCAAGGGAUAGUGAGUGGUAUUGGUUUCGGGGUUUCCUUCUUCGUUCUCUUCGCUUCUUACGCUACCAGUUUCUAUGUCGGAGCAAGGCUUGUGGAUGAUGGCAAAACCACCUUCGACUCUGUUUUCAGGGUUUUCUUUGCUUUGACGAUGGCGGCUAUUGCGAUUUCUCAAUCGAGUUCGUUGUCUCCUGAUUCGAGCAAAGCCGAUAUCGCUGCUGCUUCGAUUUUCGAGAUCAUAGACAGGGAAUCGAAGAUUGACCCGAGUGUGGAAUCUGGAAGAGUGUUGGAUAAUGUUAAAGGAGACAUUGAGCUACGUCAUGUCAGUUUCAAGUACCCAGCAAGACCAGAUGUUCAAAUCUUCCAAGAUCUUUGUCUGAGUAUUCGAGCUGGAAAGACAGUUGCUUUGGUCGGAGAAAGCGGGAGCGGGAAAUCAACGGUGAUUGCUUUGCUACAGAGGUUUUACGAUCCGGAUUCAGGUGAGAUCACACUCGACGGUGUGGAGAUCAAGAGCCUGCGACUAAAAUGGCUGAGGCAACAAACAGGACUCGUGAGCCAAGAACCAAUCUUGUUCAACGAAACAAUCAGAGCCAACAUUGCUUACGGUAAAGGAGGAGACGCCAGUGAAUCCGAAAUCGUAUCCGCAGCUGAAUUAUCAAACGCCCAUGGAUUCAUCAGUGGUCUCCAACAGGGUUACGAGACGAUGGUGGGAGAGAGAGGAGUUCAAUUAUCAGGCGGACAAAAGCAGCGAGUGGCUAUAGCGAGAGCCAUCGUCAAGGAUCCAAAGGUAUUGUUACUCGACGAAGCGACGAGUGCUCUCGACGCAGAGUCUGAGCGCGUGGUCCAGGACGCUCUUGAUCGGGUUAUGGUAAACCGGACCACGAUUGUGGUGGCUCACCGGUUAUCGACGAUUAAGAACGCUGACGUAAUUGCCGUCGUUAAGAACGGAGUCAUCGUUGAGAAAGGGAAGCACGAGACUUUGAUUAAAAUUAAAGACGGUGUUUAUGCGUCGUUAGUUCAGCUUCAUUUGAGUGCCGCUUCUUAA